UUAUUUUGUAGUAUGGCUUGCUUGACAUGGGUGACAAAACCAAGCGUGAGAGCCGCUGUACGCGCACAUCCAGCAGACAGCUGUGUCAAAAACCCUCCUGACCAGAGAGAGGAGCGAACACCCAGAGGAUCUACAAAUAUCAAUAUCAAAAAUUAAGAUUAUAUUUAAAUGUGUAUCUGUCUUAAAUUUAGGAAGAAAAAAUGGAAGAUUUGGAAAAAGUAUUAACAUUUAACCACAGGUCUCCAGUCAUUUUGGACUCCUGUCCAAAGUGGAGCGGAAGGUUCGGGCGUUUAAUUGGACUUGUGCGUUGUUUCUGUGCUUGAAAUGAAACAGGUCUACAAUGGUUGUGGCUUUAUAUUAACUAUGAGCGCGCAUAUUCUGGAGUCCAACUCCAGCGGCAACUUGACUCCAGCUGUUUCCGAGGCUGGGACUGUCUUCCCGGGCUACCUGGCGGUGAUCUUAUCAGUGCUCAUGGUGACUUUGGUUGUCGUUGUGGUGGCUGGAAACGCGCUUGUCAUCAUGGCUUUUAUUGUGGAUAAAUCCCUGAGAAAUCAAAGCAACUACUUCUUUCUGAACCUUGCUAUAUCUGAUUUCCUCGUGGGUGCCUUCUGCAUCCCAGUGUACAUCCCGUACAACCUGACAGGCCGGUGGAUGCUGGGUAAGGGGCUCUGCAAGGUGUGGCUGGUUAUGGACUACCUGCUCUGCACCGCCUCAGUCUUCAACAUUGUCCUCAUUAGUUAUGACCGUUUCCUGUCAGUCACACGAGCCGUUAAAUACAGAGCACAGCGAAACAUGACCCGCCAGGCUGUGUUCAAGAUGGUGGCGGUGUGGGUGUUGGCUUUCCUCCUCUACGGUCCUGCCAUUAUAUUCUGGGAGUCAAUCGUCGGCCAGAGUGUCGUCCCCGCUCAUGAGUGCCAUGCUGAGUUUUAUUACACCUGGUACUUCCUGCUCAGUGCUUCUACCUUUGAGUUCUUCACUCCGUUUGUCUCUGUGACUUUCUUCAACCUCAGCAUUUACCUGAACAUCCAUCGCAGGACCAAGAGGGGAUGCGCCUGCGUGGAGGACGAGGUCAAGGCGCAGAAUUUAACUAAGAAGCACAGAGAGGGAGGAAGCUGGUCUGUGUUUUUUGUGAAGACUCGUAAGGUGUCCUGCAGUGAGCCUACUGCUAUCUCUGCAGUUAUUGAGGACGACGAUGUCCUGUCACCUUCCUCCUGCGGGGAGCCUAUUAACAGUCAAAUAUACCUGCAGAGGGAGAAGUUCUCUCCCAACAGGAACAACUCCAGGCUCUUUCAGCACACAGCCUCUUGCAUGGCACCCAGCCGAAGGACACAGGGAUCUCGACUGUCUCGAGACAAAAAGAUUGCCAAGUCUUUGGCCAUUAUUGUCUGCAUUUUUGCCAUUUGCUGGGCUCCUUACACUCUACUAAUGAUUAUUCGUGCCGCUUGUAGCGGUGAAUGUGUGGCGCACUACUGGUACGAAAUGACAUUCUGGCUUCUGUGGCUAAACUCUGCCAUCAACCCGUUUCUCUACCCACUGUGCCACAGCAGCUUUCGAAGGGCUUUCUCAAAGAUACUGUGUCCAAAAAGACAAUCAGUCCAGCCUCAGAUUGAGGCUCAGUCUUGUUAGAUGAACUCAAUUGCACUCCCAUGCUUUAUAAAUGCUGUAAAUGUUAUUGGUCAAACACUGUAAAAAUUCAUAUACUGUUCUUCCAUCCAAAAGAUAACUUUUCCUAAAUAAUGUUUGUGUUUGUUAAAGUCAUUUGUUCAAGGAUUGUCACAGCAUAUCUGACAGCAAUAUGGCAAUUGAAAACAAACCCGGGUGUAAUGAACUGCAGUUUUAAUAUUCACUGGCAAACUGUGGUCAGACAGAAAGAUGGAAUGUGGUUUAAGCUUUCUCACGACACAAUUAUUUAUUUCUCAAUGCUGUGAAAAGAUGAAUGAAGAAGGUGUUGACUGUAAUUAAGUCUAAGAUAUUAUACAAGAGCUACUGUACAGCAAUACCAAGUUGUUUAAUUAUGGUCUGUCUGCUAAAAUGCACUGUGCAAGGAGCAGCUAACAUCCAGUUUCUUAGAGGGCUGCUGUGAUGACAAAAAACUCAUUUUUAGAAAUGAAUGAUUUUUUGGUCUUUAUAAGUUUCAAAAUCUCUCUGCACAUGAAAUCCUUUCACUUGAGUUUCAAGUAUGUCGCAAAAUGUAAGCUUUUCCUCAUGCAGCAAUAGGAUGUCAAAGAAAGGAGUACCUGAAAAGAAGAAAAUAACCUGUAUUUGUUUACUGUGUGAACUUUUAUCACAAUAAUGUUUCAUUCUAUUUAACUGAAAAUUGGGCUAAGGACAGAGGGAAAUCAAGUGCCAUCACCUGCCAACUAUGAAUCUGCACUGAAUUGAAAAAAAAACGUGUUCUUAUUGAUGUUAAACAUGUACAGCACUAAAUGAGAACAGCAUUAAACCUUUUGUAGAGUAAUAUCUAUGCCAAGCUAGAUGGUUGUGUUCUUAAAGUAUAAUAUUUAUUCAAAGACUUGACUGGUUUUUACCACCCAAACUACUUGACUACUUUGUAUUUUGGCUAUGAAUGUGUGUUGCUGUGAGUAGCCAAAGAAAGAAUAAAAUGAAAACUGCCUGCAG